UGCCACUUGCUGGCAGCCAGGAUCUGCACCUCCUCCCAACCUCCCCAGCUGGGGCCAGGCAAGAGCCUCUGUUCCCUUGACUACACAGUACACAGAGCUACAGGAGCUGUGGGAGAUGUGCUCCAGCAGAGCUGGGAUGCCGAGUAACUACUCCUUUGGAUCAUGCCAACCCAGGAGGCUCUUUCCUCACUUCUAUCCCCCAAACCGGAUGGGGAACAACUUUCUCCCUCUUAGGGGAUUUCCUCACACAGGGCCUGGAAGUUACAUGACAGAUUCCUAUGGCUUGGCAUACAACUUAACCAAGAUUCCAACCAGUACAAAAGGAUAUACUCUUGGAGCCAGAACAGCUAUGAGGUUUAAGCCAGUCAACAAGGAAUUGACACUUCACCCAGGCAAGUACCAGAGAGUAGAAAAUUGGAAGGAAAAAACAAAGCAAAGUUUUGUUCCAUUUAAUGCCUUGAUGCCUCGAUUUCAGAGCUAUACAAAAGACAAUUUCCCUGGCCCUGGUGCAUACAACCCAGAGAAGAAACCACUUCCAAAAGUUACUUGGCCAAUAAAAUUUGGAUCUCCAGACUGGGCUCAGGUUCCAAGUCUACAGAAAAGAACUCUAAAAGCUGAGCUGUCCACAGACAAAGAAUUUAGAAAGCAUCGGAACCGAGUUGCUUACUUAAGCCUGUUUUACGAUUGAGAAGUGAUCACUUCCUUCACAUGCUUCUCCUGAUCACAGACUCUUCAGAAUAGAGGACAGACCUGCUCUUGGUCUACAUCACCAUGGCCCUCAUGUCUUUCAGCCCCGGAUCCAGAACGUGUUAAGGGGUUCACAACUGAGAUUUGUGAGCAUAAUAACUGGUUCCAAGUGUUCUGUCUCCUGCUGCUGGUUUAUGAUCUGGGGGUUCCUGGUGGGUGUUCAGGUGGAUGGUCUCAUUUGAGUGAAAUACUCUUGGGCCCUUGCCCUUUACUCACAACUCCCAGGGACCAGCCUUAUAUGUUCUACAACUAGCUCUGGUAAUAUAUAGCUGUUGGCCUAUAUGUAUUAAGAUUUUGGAUGGGAUGUGGGCUUGCUAGACAUGGAGGAUGCUUAAAAGUGGGUUAAAACAUUCCUGAUUUAAGAGCUCUUUCAAACUUUAGUAUGGAGUUGGAAGGCCCUGAGUUGGUUGCCUUUCCCAGACUAACAUAAAACACAGAGAACCAAAAAUUCCCCCCUCCGACUACAUCAUCUAUUUAAUCUGCUAGUCAACAUAUAUAUUGAGGUCAUGACUCCAUGUCAGUCAGUGUUAGGCACUAGAACAUAUUGGGAUUCAACUUACACUAAGUUGAUUAUACAGUGAAAGUAACUUUUCAAGUUUGUGUUGAGAAAGUUGAAGUGUUGAAACUUGACGCCCCUAGUUCCUUGAGGCUGGCCAGAAGUCUGAGACCUCCCCAGGUUGACUGCCCUUCAGUCUGAAUGACCUCUGGAACCUUAUAGCUAGCCCAAGGGUAUAAAGAUCACAAAGCAGAAGCCAUGUAUAAAGUACUUACCCAGACACUCUGGUCUGGUAGAUAGCCUUCUUAAUUUUCAACAUUAACUCUCAAGAAUGUAAUUUUUUCAUGAUUGGCCUUAAGUGUGGCCUAUUUUAUCUUUUAUUUUUCUGCAGUGUACAGUGCUGGGGAUUGAACCUAUGGGCACUUUACCAGUGAGCUACAUCCCCCGCCCUUUUUGUUUUUAUUUUGAGACAAGUUCUCACAAAGUUGCUGAGGCUGGCCUUGAACUUGCAAUCUUCCUGCCUCAGCCCUCCCAAGUCACUGGGAUUACAGAUGUGUGCCACCAUACACCCAGAUUUCUAGCUUAUUUUUUAAUGUGUAGGUCCUUUUGUACCCACUUAGACCUCUUAGUAAUUAUCCCCAAAACUCUGAAAGGGUCUGGAUUUCAAAGAGUGAGAAGCUGAUAGUGGCCACCGAAAAGUUCCAGCCCACUACAACCCUGAGAGCCACCCCACAGCAAGGGUUAGCUGGAGAAAAGGAUAGACAAAAACCUCCUGGGUGAAUGACCUUGGAUAAGACUAAUUCCAGAAGUGUGGGAGACCAACCUUACAGGUGACUGAGUCACACUCCCUGGCUGGGUGCUGAGGCACUCAGUUGCAGAAAUGUGGCAGAUCUUUCCCCACCCUUCUUGGGUCCCAGGAUUGGUGUCUCAUGUAUGGGUGUGUCUUGCUACAGCCCCAUGGGUGGAGCUAUGCUCACCUGUUCCUUUGUAAUAUAACCCCUUGCCCUGUUUAGGAUAGAAUCUUCCAUGGAAGUGCCCUAUGUGUGUCCCCUUCUCUUAUUGUGCCAUUGGGUGUGGCCUACCCAGGUGUCAGUCAACCUGCUGACAGUGGACAUCAUGAAGAUAGACUCAGCCCCCUGAAACCUGACCCCUUGCCUCAUUUAAAUAACUUCUCCUCAAUAGCUAUUCCCUUUCUCGGACUAUACCCAAAAGACCUAAAAAGAGCAUACUAUAGGGACAUAGUCUCAUCAAUGUUUAUAGCAGCACAAUUCACAAUAGCUAGACUGUGGAACCAACCUAGAUGCUCUUCAAUAGAUGAAUGUAUAAGAAAAAUGUGGCAUUUAUACCCUAAAAAGUAACAAGAUCAUGGCAUUUGCAGGGAAAUGGAUGGCAUUAGAGCAGAUUACACUAAGUGAAGUUAGCCACUCCCUAAAACACAAAUGCCGAAUGUCUUCUCUGAUAUAAGGGGGGUGACUCAAAAUGGGAUAGGGAGGAAGAGCAUGAGAAGAAGAUUACCACUAAAUAAGGAAGUGAGGUGGGAGGGAAAAGGAGGGAGAAGGGGAAUUGCACAGAAGAUGGAAGGAGACCCUCAUCGUUAUACAGAAUACAUGUAUGAUGUUGUGAGGAGGGGAAAAAAAAAGAAGUGUGUCACAUUACAUUGGGUAGAGAGAGGGGAGGGGAGGGGCAGGGGGGGAUAGGAAGGGCAACAGAAUAAAAUAGACAUUAUUAUGGCUGUAUGUAUAUAGGUGACUGUAUGAUCAAUGUGAUUCUGCAACCUGUACAAUCAGAAAAAUGAGAAAUUAUACCCCAUUUGAUUCAAAUGUAUGAAUUGUCAAGAUCAUUGUAUUGUCAUGUGUAGCUAAUAAAUAAAUAAAUAAAAGGGGUCAGUGCGUGCUCUCGAUCUCUCUCUUCCUGCGGACCCUUAAGGUCAGAGGAGCUGUCACAGCGACCCCAAAGAAAAAGGUAU